AUGAUAAAUAAUGCGAAAGACUUAAUUCCGCCACCCUCCGAAGGCGAAAUUGUUAAAUGCUUAUCCAGGAAUUUUACAAAAGAAAUUCAAACUGCAUUAAUAAUGACAAAUACUAAUACUAAAGAGGACCUAACCAAGUUUUCAGACGCAUUGGACCAAGCACGGCUGGUAAAUUUUUCCGAGCAUUAUUCUCCACGUCCGAACUCAGCAUAUAAUCAAAAUCGUUAUAAUGCACACCAAAAUUUUCAUCAACAUGAUAGAAAUAAUUUCAGAAGCAAUGAUAAAUAUUCAAAUCAGGAUUAUUCGGGAAAAUAUCAAGAUAAAGACAAGUGCGAGUAUGAUCAGCGAAAAUUAAAUUUUGAAAAUUACGAACCUAGAUAUGAAAAUAAUCAUUUAUAUAAAAAUCGCGAUUAUGAUGGUCAAGAUAAUUUAAAAAUCGAAAUAAAAACUAUAAUAAUCAGGGACGAUAUUAGGACAGAAACCGAGGUUUUGAAAACAGAGAGAACUGUGGUGCUUAUAACAAACAUGGAUCGUGAACAUCAGGGUUAUGAGUAUGAAAAUCGUCACCAUUGGACUAUUAAUAAUCGAGAUUCAGAUUAUGAUGCUUUUGCUAAUGAACCUCGAAAUGGUCAACACAAUCAGAGUCAGGGGUCUAACGGUUCUAACUACGCAAAUACAAACAUUUCCUAUAAUAAUUCUAAUGGCAAGAGAAAAAAUUCAAACGGUACUGUCCAAAACGGAAUAUAUAGGCGAGAAAAUAAUGGAUAUUCAAACCUAGGCUCUCGAAAUAGGCAAAAUGAUUUACAAAGUGACCAAAGAAAUAGUCACAAGGACUCGGGAAAUGGCCGAGCCUCGAUUUGA